UUUCUCUAUACAGUUAGAAACCAAAUGAAGUCUUCAGACCCUUGGCUUGAACAUCAGGAAAGUUUUAUAUUAUUUCUCGAAAUAUAACGAUAUUUAUGCUAAUUUGAAGAAGAGUUGCAGGAUUGCAGCCUUAUAGUUCUUCGUGAUUUUCAACUGACAAACAAUGUGAAAAUGAACACGCAACAUCCGAGCUAGGUGAUUUCGGAAUAGGAAGCACACAAGCUUAUAUACAAACAAGCAGCCUGCUUAUUGUGUCUGUACUUGUUCUGUUUGCGAUGCAGGAGAAAUUAUCACCGGAAAAGCCGAUGCAAGACCAUCUCGGAACGUCACCAUUGUUAAUGUAUGCAUCUACGUUAAAAGUACGAUGGGGAAUUCAACUGAAACACUGUUUGUUCUACAAGGACUGAAUGAGACAGUGUCAAGCAAGCACACAUACUUCAUCCUCAUUCUUCUUGUUUACCUUUUUACUAUUUUUGCGAACCUAACUUUGAUUGUGACAAUUAUUUUGGAGAAAACGCUCCAUGAGCCCAUGCUUAUAUUCCUGUGUAACUUGUGUGUAAAUGGAAUAUUUGGUGCCUCCAUAUUUUAUCCUAAAAUAUUGGUGGACCUUUCCUCUGACUUGAGUGUUACUUCGUAUGAAGCUUGUCUGGGUCAAAUUUUUGUAUUAUACAGCUACGUAUACUGCGAAUUUACUACAUUAGCAAUGAUGGCUUAUGACAGGUAUGUCGCGAUAUGCAAGCCGCUCAAUUACCACUCCAUCAUCACGCCUCGGACGAUGAUGAAAUUGUUGCUUUUUACCUGGCUUUCAUCCAUCUGUGAAUCAGUUGGCGUGACGGCCCUGGUAGCUAGACUGCCCCUCUGUGGAUUCAACAUCGAAAAGAUUUACUGCACUGCUUGGGCCGUGGUAAAGCUGUCAUGUGUGGACACCACAAUCAACAACAUAUACGGGUACAUUCUCAUGGUUUUCCACGCUUUACAAGCAGUGCUGAUCGUGAUUUCUUACAUUCAUAUCGUCAGAGCAUCUGUGCGAUCGCCAAAAGAAAGGAGUAAAUUCAUGCAGACGUGUUUACCCCAUUUAGUCACACUGGCCAACUUCUUCAUCGCACUCGGUUUUGAUCUCAUGUACACUCGCUAUGGUCCCACCACCCGUAUGCAGGCUCUCCGCAAUUUCAUGUCCCUGGAUUACCUAAUUGUUCCACCGCUUCUAAAUCCCCUCAUUUAUGGACUGAGACUGAACCAAAUUCGCCGGAGAAUCUUUAGGAUUUGCAGCAAGAAAAGACAUGCUCUAAAGUGAAUGUUUGUACUUUGUUCAGGCAGGAAAAGCCAUAUCCAACCGACAAAUGUUUUCAUAAAAAUGAGAACAGGACAAAAAUAAUCUCUGAACAGCGAAACUAAAAGAUUCUGAGACGCAGCACAAUUUCAGACAUUCUGAUAAGUUAUAUAAGCAUGUCUUGGUCUAGUGCCCUAGUUUGGUUUACAUUAUUAUUUAGUUUCACGCAUGGGUUGCGUUGCCUUGUGUAUGAAUACAUUGUCCUUAUGUACAUUCGGAGCUGGAAUGGCCAGACAGAUGUAAACUGGAAUGAGUCUCUUUUCCCCCCAUGUGUUGAGACUGCUAUUAAUAUUCAAGAGAGUAAAAAAUGUAGAUAGCAUUUUAAGUUCCAGUGAUAAAAAUAAUUGUUAAUAAUGAUCUUUGAUAUGGCAAUAAAUAUAUACAACAAUGUUUUUAAUGAGGUUUGUUAUUUAACUUUUUGAAUGUUGGUGUUCAGUCAGUGUUGGGGAAACCUAGUUUCUGCUAUCAUUCUUUUCUCUCUAUCCUAUGACGCAUUGUGCAGACAGGUUCAGCUACUUUAAGGCCAGAUGAGGUAAUCAGUGGAAAGUUGUGUUUGAAGAUCACAGUGGUGAGAAGUUAUUGGUGGACACAUUCUAUGAGCAUGCCCAACGUGUGGGGAUUCUGAUUUUUGCCAAUAAAAUAUGGAUGUAUGAGACAGUUCAGAGUUCUCUAGGACUGCUUAUCAGAAGCACUCCCUAUGUGCACAUUAGUCAAUAAAUGUCCCUUAUUCAACCAGCCAUUGCCAUCUUAUCCUUUGGU